CUAACUCCACAUUCCUCCUCUGCACCCUUCUCUCAAAUUUUUGGAGCUAAAACGGUCUGUGAGGACAAAAAGAGCGCAAAGGGGAGACAGCGACAACUGGGAAAACGAAUCAGAGACAAUCACUGAAGGGGACAGAUAGCCGCUGAAGCUAAAGGGAUACCAGACUUGUCUCUCAUCUUCAAGCAGACAUGGUCCUCCUGCUCGUAUUCCUAGUUGUGCUGCACCUGGUCACCUUGGCCAUGCUCCUCAUCGCCACCCUGGAGAAGUCAUGGUGGAUAUGGGAUGAUUUAGAAAUCACAGACCUCUGGUAUAACUGCUUCCACGAUAAUGCCACGAAGACCUGGUUGUGUGCUACUACCAAUGAAAGCGACUGGCUGCAGUCCGUCCAGGCCCUCAUGGUCCUCGCUGUGGUCUUCUCCUCCAUCUCCUUCCUGGUUUUUCUGGGUCAGCUCUUCACCAUGUCCAGAGGAGGACUCUUCUAUUUCACAGGACUCUGCCAGGCAUUUGCAGGUUUGACGGCCUUCGCUGCUUGCCUCAUCUUCACCUUCCACAGAAAGGAGAUCUUAAGCGACUCCAGAGAUCUGAGCAAAGGACGCUUCGGCUACUGUUUCAUCCUGGCUUGGCUGUGUGUCCCUCUCCUCCUGGUCAGUGGAAUCCUGUACGUCCACCUGCGCAAGAAACAGUGAGCCAAAACCAGAGAUGAUGAAAAACCUCUUGACAGGAGGGUGACGCGCUUCACUCACUUCAAUCACUUUUCAAUUAACAGAGGAAAUAAAAAAGGAAAUACCUCUUUAAAAUGAUACAAAUCUGCUUUACUUCUGACUCAGUAUCCACCCUACUGUGCUGCAUGCUAUGUGAGACAUUAUGUCAUCAUGGUGGCAUCUCUUUGUGAGGCACACUGUCACUCAAGACCAGAUAAGAAAAACUAAAACAGUCAUGCUGUAAGAUACAAAGCUCAUAUUAAUGUGUUACAUAAAAUAUAAGGCAAUGAAUGCAUAACUUGUGCUUGUGUAAUUGAAUGUUUUUUU